ACGGAAACCAGUGAAGAUAAAAAAAAAAAUCCUUGAAAAAAAAAACAGUUCAGGGUGCUGUUUUGUGGGGUCCAGAUGACCACACUUUUAAUGUAAACAUGCCUAGGAUAGAACAAGGGUAAAGCUAGGAGUAGGUCACAAAACACCUGCUGUUUUCUUCUACAAACAUUUGUAGGGCUUGUAUUUAGUUGUACUUUGCCUUUGAGUCAAUUUCCAAAGAAAAUGUUUGAAUAAAAUAUUUGUCAAAAAUAUUUUGUCAUUUGUAACUUUUGUUAAAGAAAGUAAACAAAAGAAAAAGAUCAAUUAAAAUUAAAAAUCAAAUUUGAAAUGAAAAAAUCGUGGAUUUGAUUUUUGGGCCAUAUCACCAAGCUCUAAUUUAAAUGUUUAAAACAGACGAGCAAAGUUCCUGUAGAAACGAGAGCUUUCUGUUACCUCCACUCACACACAUGCACAAACAAACAUGGACACACCCCACACACACUCAUCACACACACACACUCAUCCUGAGCGUUUACCAUCAUCAGAUAUAUAAGGAGACAUUUCAGGCAGACGUUUCUGUUUACCUGCCUGAGCUUCACCAGGUGAGUCAGUAGCUCUGCAGACACAGACAGCAGGUGGUCUGCAGACACUUUAACUGCCUUCAGUUUACAGAGUUCUACUGUUUUUGCUGUGAAGAAAAAUCUUACAGUUUCUGCAGUUUUAUUUUCAUGAGGAAUUCUUCAGUUUCUAGUUUCCAGAUCUUGUCUUAGAUCCACAGGACGGAUAUUUGAUUUCUUAUAGAAAUGUUGCUGCUUUUUAUUGUUACCAGACAUGCUUUCCACCUUUCUUCCUGACCUCCAGACUUCUUCAUAGAUCAUGCAGGGUGACUCGUGCACUGUCUGUACGCCGGCAUGAACCUCACCACCACCACCGUCACUCGGGACCCUCGUCACAUCGCCAUCACCAAGAAUGUCUUCACUGUGGUUAUUUCUGUCUCCAUCAUCCUGUUCAACAGUGCUCUGGUGCAAACCUUCAGAAGCCACCAGGUUUUCUUCACAAAUCCUCGAUACAUCCUCUACAUCCAUCUGGUCAUCAAUGACAUCAUCAUGCUGGCUUUGUUCCUCAUCCUCCAGCUCAUCAGUUAUGUGGUUUUCACCCUCAAUGUCUCCUUUUGCCUUUUUCUGCUGAUCAUCGCGGUCUCUUCCAAUCUCAACAACCCGCUGACACUGGCCGCCAUGGCUCUGGAGUGCUACCUGGCCGUGUGCUUCCCACUCCGUUACGCUCAGGUUUGCACAGUCAGGAAGACGUACUUUGUGAUCGGAGCCGUGUGGUUCCUCAGCAUGCUGACCGUACUGCCGGAUGUCUUCGUCGUCAUGGCCACAAACCCCGUGGAGUAUUUCGGCUCCAGCAUUUUCUGUUUGUGGGCAAACAUUUUCACAAACCCGGCCCUCUCAAAGAAAAAGGAAGUUUCCAACAUUGCGUAUCUGGUGAUUGUUUGGCUGACUCUCUUCUACGCUUAUUUCAGGAUCCUUUUUGCAGCUCAGGCAGCUUCUGCCAACGCCAGGAAAGCCAGGAACACGGUUCUGCUGCACGGCUUCCAGCUGCUGCUGUGCAUGCUGAGCUACAUCCACAGCAUCUCCAUCCAGGGUCUGAGCAGUCUGUUCCCCAAAGACAUUCUGGACAUUCGCUACGUCAUCUCCGUCCUGAUCCAGAUUCUGCCCAGACUCAUCAGCCCCAUCGUUUACGGCUUAAGAGACAAGAUGUUCAGAGAAUACCUGCACAAGUCCCUGCUGCCCACGAGGAAGAUCAGCAUCUUCCCAGGCAAAACCCAGAGGAGGUCCUCCUAGAAGCAGGUUCAAAUCCAAAAACAUUUACUGAAGGCUUCACCAAACCAGCUUGACCUUGUGUUAGUUUAUCUUUACAGUAAAAAUCUGCUUCAGUCUAAGCAAAGUUUUACAUUUUUGAUUGAAUAAGAAAUCCACAUUGUUUUUAUCACG